AAUGUGACCAAAGGAGCGAGGCACAAAAUUGCUUUAAGUAUCCAAAAGUUGCGUGAAAGGCAGAGUGUCCUGAAGUCUUUGGAGAAGGACAUCUUGGAAGGGGGGAACUUGUGGAAUGCGCUCCAGGAACUGCAGCAGAUCAUCACCACGCCCAUCAAGGCCUUCCACGCUCUGCACGCUGUGGCCGCGUCCAAGGAGGCCCAGCCCCUGGCAGCCGAGCCGAGGGGAGGCCCCACGCUGGGCCUGGAGAAGAGCAGCAACGAGGAGAAGGAGGCCACCGAGGACCCCUUCCCGCCCCCCACAGGCUCUCCGUGUGACGGAGAAUCCGGGGCGGCACCGAUCGCCGAAGGGGACAUUGCAGGCCAAUUCACUCGCGUGAUGGGUAAAGUGUGUACGCAACUGCUUGUCUCCCGGCCAGACGAGGAGAACAUCACCAGUUACCUCCAACUGAUAGAGAAGUGCUUGAUGCACGAGGCCUUCACCGAGACCCAGAAAAAGCGCCUCUUGUCCUGGAAGCAGCAGGUCCUGAAGUUGCUCCGUACCUUCCCGAGGAAGGCCGUGCUGGACAUGCAGGGCUAUCGCCCCCAGAAAGGGUAGGU